UUCAUUUACUGUAAUAAUAAAUGAAGUAAAAUACUUCGCGGACUGUAGUUGGUUGGCGGGAGAGCGUGUGCCUUUGUUCCCGGAAAAAAAUAAUUAUAAACAUAUAGUCAUAUUGAAAUACUUUUAACGAACGUUCAGUCAUGACGGACAAAGAUGGAGAGAAUUUUGAUGAUGCGGUUGAGGAGCGUGUAAUAAAUGAAGAGUACAAAAUCUGGAAGAAAAACACACCAUUUCUGUAUGACCUGGUUAUGACACAUGCCUUGGAGUGGCCAAGUCUAACUGCACAAUGGCUUCCUGAUGUUUCAAGGCCGGACGGCAAAGACUAUUCAUUACACAGACUUAUCCUAGGAACACACACUGUGACGAUUCCCAGUGCUGGCUCUUUGGCCCAAACUGAUGAGCAAAAUCACCUCCUUGUUGUGAACAUUCAGCUGCCUAAUCAAAACACACAAACCGAUGAUUCCCAUUAUGAUGGUGAUAAAGGAGGUACUAGAUUGUCGGAGGAGCAGAACCAUUUACUGAUUGCCAGUGUACAACUGCCAAAUGAUUACACACAGUUUGAUGCUUCUCAUUAUGAUGGGGAAAAGGGAGAAUUUGGAGGGUUUGGUUCUGUGAGUGGGAAGAUAGAGAUAGAAAUAAAGAUCAACCAUGAAGGAGAAGUGAACCGAGCAAGAUACAUGCCACAGAAUCCCUGUAUCAUAGCAACAAAAACACCCUCUAGUGAUGUGCUAGUGUUUGAUUAUACAAAACAUCCAUCAAAACCAGAUCCAAAUGGUGAGUGUACUCCAGAACUACGAUUAAAAGGCCACCAGAAAGAAGGCUAUGGGUUGUCGUGGAAUCCUAACAUGAACGGACACCUUCUAAGUGCAUCUGAUGAUCAUACAAUAUGUUUAUGGGACAUUAACACAAAUCCCAAGGAAGGAAGAGUUAUAGACGCAUUCACCAUCUUCACAGGACAUACAUCUGUAGUAGAGGAUGUUGCAUGGCAUUUAUUACAUGAGAGUUUAUUCGGAUCAGUAGCUGAUGACCAGAAACUAAUGAUCUGGGAUACACGUCUAUACAGUAAACAAGCAUACGGUGGAUCACAUACCUGCUGCAAAAGCUACAUCAGAUUUGUGCACAAGCACAAGGAGCUUCAUGAAUUACAAGGAUUGAGUACGCGCAGUGUCGUCCCAACUUUUACUGUUGCAUUAUGGGACUUGAGAAAUUUAAAACUGAAACUUCAUUCAUUUGAAUCUCACAAGGAUGAAAUAUUCCAGUUUAUCCAUGGAGGGCACACAGCAAAGAUUUCUGAUUUCUCCUGGAAUCCUAAUGAACCUUGGGUAAUCUGUUCAGUAUCGGAGGACAACAUCAUGCAAGUGUGGCAAAUGGCCGAGAACAUUUACAAUGACGAAGAGCCUGAUGCCCCAGCUGGUGACCUUGAACAAACAGCCUUGUAAUGCACCAGAAUUGUGUACUUGUUAAUUUAAUGUGAACUUUUAAAUUGAUCGUGUCUGUUUGUAAAACAAUUGUUCGAUCAGUUUUCCAGAAGAAAAUGUUCAAGUGGACUUAAGUGAUAGAAGGAGAUAGACAUAUAUAUGGCAUGCUCAUUUUAACAGAUGGACAUAACUUACAAACGCUGUUUGAAACUUGUUCAUAUAUAAAUUCAUUAAAGGUGAAAUGUAAACCCGUUUUAAAGUGAUAUAUCAAAUUAAUGGAAAGUGUAUAUUUUAACCAUUUACGGCUGAAAAAAGUCAGAAGAUUGGGAUAUUGGUAUAUACUACCUGUGUAAUGAUAAGCGUGGGCUGUUAGACUUUGUCAGUAUGCCAGACUAAAAAGUUAUGUCCUCGAUCUUUCAUCAAGCCAUGAAUGUGCUAUGUUGACCAAACUUGCAAAUAAGUGGAUCAUGAUAAAAAAAACAUUUAGAUUCUGUAAGGAAUUUAUGUUGUACUUGAGUUACUUUACUAUGGCUUCUGCAACUGUAAAUAAAUACACUGAAAUUGAACAAA